GCGUAUAUAACGCACAUGUGUGUACAUUGUAAUGAAGGAGUUUUGUUACUGUCCGCAGGCGAAGUACGUCAGGCGCUGUCGAUGAUGAAGCAGUGGGCGCCAAUGGAUGUAGAAGACGCGCUCGAGCUUCUUACACCCAAGUUCACACAUCCAGCUGUCAGAAAAUACGCCAUUUCCCGUUUGAAGCAAGCGCCGGAUGAAGAUUUGCUCCUGUAUCUAUUGCAGCUAGUUCAAGCUUUGAAGUACGAGAACUUCAACGAAAUUCACGAAGAGUACGCCCGUAUUUGCGGCAAGGAUGUACCGGUCUACUCCGACUCCGAAGGCAAGCUGAUACAAAGCGGACGUCGCGGCAGUCAGGCCAGUCUGCUCUCGACUUCAGUGCUAACAGCAAGCGACAUGUCGGCGUCGAACACGAGCCGUCGCUCCGACCAAGUGGACGAGUCCACCGCAGUAGCCGACGACGCACAGUCUUCCAGCCACGACGCCAGCAACAGUGUCAUAGACAAUGGCAGCGCUUUUGGAGAUCAGUCCGAGCCUCCUUCGGCCCGCCUGAACCUGGCUACCUUCCUGAUCGCACGCGCCUGUAGCAACUGCGUGUUGGCCAACUACCUGCACUGGUACUUGCUCAUCGAGUGCGAGGACGCCGAGGGGCAGGAUGCCGCUGCCAGGAACAUGUAUCUGGCCGUCAUGAAGACCUUCAAUCACCAUCUCGUCAAGGGCAACGCCGACCAUCAACGCACAAGCUCCUUCCUCGCUCGCCAACAAGUAUUCAUAGACAAACUAGUAAAACUGGUCAAAACGGUUGCAAGAGAAAGCGGCAACCGAAACAAAAAAGCUGAACGGCUGCAACAACUACUGGCCGACCCUGACGCGUUCAAGUUCAACUUCUCCAACUUUGAACCGAUGCCAUUCCCUCUCGACCCAAACGUGACCAUCAAAGGCAUUGUAGCCAAAAAGGCCAGCCUUUUCAAAUCCGCGUUAAUGCCAUCAAAACUGACCUUUUUGACCACCGAAGGGGUUGAAUACGAAGCAAUAUUCAAACACGGGGAUGAUUUAAGACAAGAUCAACUGAUCUUACAAAUAAUAACGUUAAUGGACAAGUUACUGCGUAGAGAAAAUUUGGACUUAAAGUUGACACCUUACAAGGUGCUAGCGACGAGUUCGAGACACGGUUUCUUGCAGUUUAUAGAGUCUGUAACCGUCGCCGAGGCGUUGGCGACUGAAGGGAGUAUACAGAACUUCUUCAGGAAGUACAACCCGUGUGAAGGCGCGCCGUACGGAAUCAAACCUGAGACUAUGGAUACGUAUAUUAGGAGCUGUGCUGGUUAUUGUGUUAUUACUUAUUUGUUGGGCGUGGGUGACCGCCAUCUGGACAACCUUCUGCUAACGAAAGCCGGCGCCCUGUUCCACAUCGACUUCGGCUACAUACUGGGCCGAGACCCCAAACCCCUGCCCCCUCCGAUGAAGCUCAGCAAAGAAAUGGUCGAGGCCAUGGGCGGAAUCCAUUCGGAGUACUAUCACGAGUUCAGGAAGCAGUGUUAUACUGCUUUCUUGCAUUUGAGAAGACACGCAAAUCUGAUGCUGAACUUAUUCUCCCUGAUGGUGGACGCAUCCGUCCCUGACAUCGCGCUGGAACCGGACAAGGCCGUCAAAAAAGUACAGGACAAACUCAGACUGGACCUUGGCGAUGAAGAAGCAGUGCUCUACCUACAAAACUUGCUGGACAUGUCGGUCACAGCCGUGAUGGCUGUUCUGGUUGAGCAAUUCCACAAAUUCGCGCAAUACUGGCGAAAAUAGACUUCUAACGGCAUGUGUUCUUAACAGGAGAAAUGCUACUCAAGACAUUUUAGAAUAAUCCUUGUUCAUGCUCAAUUGUGUCCCAGCUUUUCUUGAAUAAAAUUGAAUUUAAAUUCAUUUUGGUAAAAUAUAAUUUAUAGAAAAAAUAACUCAGAUAAAAAACGUCUUGUAUCUUAAAUGAAU